AAGGAGACGGUGUGUCUGCCCACUCGGGCACUAGCAUUUAUGUUGUCUACUGGGGCACUAGCAUUUAUGUCGUGUACUGCCUGGCAGGGUUGGCUUUCUUCACAAGUGUAGUUGUGAGCCUUGCUUAGGUGAAGGAAAUGCUGUCCUUGUGGAGAUUUAUUGGUCUGAUGAAUCUUCAGGACAUGAUGGGCUUGAUGCACCUGAUUUCCUGACCUCAGCGUGGGAGUGUGUGGCUCAUGCAAGCUGUUUGGUUUAAUCCUCUUUAGAGUCCCUGGAGAGAAAUCUCUCCGAUCCCCUGAGGUUGAAGUUCAGUUUUCUGUAAACCUUGCAGGGAAGGGGAAGGCAGAGGAUAGUAAGAGGCCAGGAGAAGGGACCAGAGGAUCUUUCCUGCUAAAUAGGAGCCGCAGAUGAAGCCAGGGACAUGUGCCCUUCCACGCUGAAUCCCGAAGGGUGCUCCGAGCACGGAAAGCGCCCCGAUUGCUGUGUACUUCCUUGCCAUUAGUAAACAUGGCAACUCGGCUCCCUGAUUCCCUUCAAGUUAACCUAAAGUGGCCAAUAGUCAACAUGGCCGCCCGAACGUGAAUUCCCAUUUGCCACAGCCGUGAAGCCCCGCCCCUCUGAGCGUCCAAGGGAAUAGCGGAGCGGAGUAUUGCGGCUCGCGGCCGAGCUGCGCCUGCGCAAGUCAUUGGCGCCAAGAUGGCGAUGGAAAUGAGGCUCCCGGUAGCUCGCAAGCCCCUCAGUGAGACCCUUGGUCGCGAUCCUAAGAAACACCUGGUGGUGCCGGGAGACACGAUCACCACGGACACGGGCUUCAUGCGGGGCCAUGGAACAUAUAUGGGAGAAGAGAAACUCAUUGCAUCUGUGGCUGGCUCUGUGGAGAGAGUAAACAAGUUGAUCUGUGUGAAAGCUCUGAACACCAGGUAUAAUGGUGAAGUAGGAGACAUUGUAGUGGGGAGAAUCACAGAGGUUCAACAGAAGAGGUGGAAGGUGGAGACCAACUCCAGGCUGGAUUCAGUUUUGCUUCUCUCAUCCAUGAAUCUUCCUGGAGGAGAGCUGAGGAGAAGAUCUGCAGAAGAUGAGCUUGCAAUGAGAGGUUUCUUGCAGGAAGGGGACCUUAUCAGUGCUGAGGUCCAGGCAGUGUUCUCUGAUGGAGCUGUCUCUCUGCAUACGAGGAGCCUGAAAUAUGGAAAGCUAGGUCAGGGUGUUUUGGUCCAGGUUUCCCCUUCCCUGGUGAAACGGCAGAAGACUCACUUCCAUGACUUGCCGUGUGGUGCCUCAGUGAUUCUGGGUAACAAUGGCUUUAUCUGGAUCUACCCAACCCCUGAGCACAAGGAUGAGGACGCAGGGGGCUUCACUGCAAACCUGGAGCCUGUCUCCCUUGCUGAUCGAGAGGUGAUAUCACGGCUCCGGAACUGCAUUGUCUCCUUGGUAACUCAGAGGAUGAUGCUGUAUGACACCAGUAUCCUGUAUUGCUAUGAAGCAUCCCUUUCGCAUCAGAUCAAAGACAUCUUAAAGCCAGAAGUCAUGGAGGAGAUUGUGCUGGAAACACGCCAGAGGCUUUUAGAACAGGAAGGAUGAGGAGAGGCUCUUGAAGAUGGGCCAAGUCACUGUGAGGUCCCCACAUGUGCCCAGGGAGGAUCCACAGACUCAUUACUCAUCUGCAUUGCAGUUGAGGGGCUGGAGAGCUCCUGAGCCUGCUCUCUCUUGUUAUGAGACAGCCUGGCGGGAACUAAACAUUGCCAGACAGGCCAGUUCCCAGUGCAAAGAGGUAGUUUCAGGUCUUUUAUCCUGUUGAGACGAAUGGCUCCUGGAAUAAUCGGGUGAAUCCUUUGUCUUCCACUCACCAUCAUUCACAAGGCACAAAGCCCCCUGAAAUUACCCCAUUAGAAAACAGCUUCUUGGGGCUGGGGAUGUGGCUCAAGCAGUAGCGCGCUCGCCUGGCAUGCGUGUGGCCCGGGUUCAAUCCUCAGCACCACAUACCAACAAAAGAUGUUGUAUCUGCCGAAAACUGAAAAAUAAAUUUAAAAAAACAAAACAAAACAAAAAAAACCCACAGCAUCCCUGACCCCUAAAUAGUGUGUUCUGGUCUCCACUCCACCUUUGAAGUUCAAGUGUUUGGUGAAGAAUACAGUGGUGAAGUGAGGCCCACGGUCAGGGAAGAAUAAAGUUCACCCAGCCACCUUUUGCUUACCCAGAAUCUCAUUUCCCACUGUAUGUUCCUUCCACUGAGAUGUGAGGAGUUGACACCAGGUCCCUUACUUAACCUGUCCUGCCUUUGAGGGGGGUUUAUAAGAAGUUAUUACCAAUAAUAGAAUGAAUGGAAUGAAUGUUCUGGGCCCAUCAUACUUUUGGGUGCCUGAUAAACAUGAAAAGUAACUGAGGAAAAUGGAGAUUGGAAAAGCAAAGCUGUUUUCCUCCUAUAAUUGAAGUAGUGACACAUUCAUUUUUGAAUAAUUUACAGUUAAAAAAUAAAAACCAGAUACUGAAGUUCUCACUGAGGAAUGUUAGAAUUCCUAUCCAUUGUUUUUCUGAUAACUAUUUAAAAAUGGUGCUCUGAUUUAGGUUUUCAGAAACAUUUUUUAAGGCAUUAUAUAUGGAAGUACUAUUUUAUUCCACAUGUGCGGUGAACUACUUUUUGAUGGCUGUAAGUGUGCUCAUGUUGGUUUCUGGGUAACAGCUAAAUGCAGCUAGCUGAAGGAGGGCUCAGCAGACAUAACUUCCAUCUGAGGCCUUUCUACCCUACUUCUAUUAAAACAAACCUAGGCUGUUUCAGUGGUAGUAACCAACCAACCACUGCCUUGGACAGCUCUGAAAUACAGUUGGCUCUUUUUCAUUACAUGGUUCUUUAUAACUCAGUUGACAACUUUUUAAAAUCAUUAUCCCAUGUGUCCCCUGUUUUGAGGAAAGUGAAGACAAAUGAAUAAGCUUUAGGCAGCAUUGCAUCGUUAGGUUGGCUCACCUGUCAUGUUUUUAAGAUUUUCCAUUUGAGAGACAGAAAUGAUAAAGAGCAGAGCCUGUGUCCAGCAAGCUCGUUCACCCACGCUGGUUCUUCAUUCAGUUCCUGCUGAGGGGUAAUACCAAGGUCUGAAAGCACCUUCUGGUGAUUACCUGCUUUCCAUGGCCCACUAGAGGGCGCCCUGGUUAAGUGUAUUUCCAGUAGGUGUAAGAAAUGGAAUAAGCCGAAAAUUUUAAGCUUAAUGAGUUUUGCUUUACAAGAGUGAAGACAAAAUUA